AGUAAAAGUACAGUGGAACUCAAGUGCUUCCUUCCGGGGCGGCCGGCCGGCGCGCGCGCUGCGCCAGUCCGCGCCUCGCCGCCGUCGCGUCCGCACGCGCCCUUUCUGCCCGCUCCGCACAAACACACGCGAUCAGUGCCAGCGACAACUCGGAUACCAACCACGGUGUAUGUGAUUAAGUGACGGCUUCCCAGUGCUUUGAAGUGGAGGCUCGGGCCGCCGGCGCCGCUGGGCCCGCUUGCGGCCCGGGCGGUGGGAUGGAUUCCCCACAGAUGUACGAUGCGACCGGCGCGCCGCCGCCGCCGCCGCAACCCGAUCUCAAGAAGGUCGGCGAUGACAAGCGCGCGCCCUUCCCGCCCCCGGACCUGGACGAGCUCAAUGGCCAGGAGAUUAGUCUGGAUUUACAGCACCUCAUCGAGGAUCAGUUCCGGGGAGAGGAGACCAUGGCGCUCUUCCAGGAGAUCCUACCGGGUGGCCGUUCUCCUCAGCCGCGACACUUUACACGGACAACUCUGGCUUACAUGCCGCAGCCGGUACAUUCGGGAGCAUCAUACGCGCCCGUACCGGCUACCGCGGCACAUGAACAACAGCCACCCAUAAAAGAGGAACCGCCUGAGCCACAUGAUUUUAGGCGAAACGUCAGUUGCGCUCAAUAUACAGGACAGUACAAUCCCCAACCGCCUGUAGGCGUCAGCGGUCCAUAUGGUGGAGGAUUUACCUCCUUACCACCGCUCGGAGCACCGCUCCUGCCUCCCCUACUCAAACACAAACCGACCCCAUCGAGGCGCACCUCCGGAAAGUCCGUAGACAAAGGCACAGAUGAAUACAGAAGGAGACGUGAGCGCAACAACAUAGCUGUUAGAAAAUCUCGCGAGAAAGCUAAAGUGCGCUCCAGGGAGGUAGAAGAGAAGGUAAAGACCCUAUUGAGAGAGAAAGACGCGCUGCUGAAGCGAUUGGAGGCGGUGUCUGGGGAGCUGAGUUUACAUAAACAAAUGUACGUGCAUCUGAUCAACUUGAAUCACCCGGAGAUCACGGAGCUGUGCCGCUCCAUGCUGCAGCUCGGGGCGCCGCACGCGCCCGACCACACGCUCUGACCAUAGAUCGAGUUGCCGGGAGCUUUGUGUGAUAUCGUGCAUUAACUCUUGAAAGUGACCUACAUUAAGGGUAGUUAGCGAAAUUAUGAUGUGAUUUAUAUUUUUUAUUGUACACGGAUAGUUUAUUAGUAAGUCCAUCCGCAGUCGAUGCUGUGAAGGCUUAGGGAGAUAGACUACGCAGUUCUUGAAAAAAAAAAACAGUUAUAUAAAAAAAUGUGUUGAGACAUUUAUUUUGGCACUAUGAAACAUAGUGGAUUGUUGCCGAGAAUAGAAAAAAAUUGCUUGAUGAAGAAGUUGCAGGACGAGGCUUGCCGAGUCCUUGCAAGAGUCGAGUCAGACGCUACUAUAAAUUAAAUUUAAAAUGUCGCGUAGUCUAUUUAGCCUUUUAUAUUGGUGCUUUUAUUCUCAAUCGAAGGGUGAGCCUUGGUCUGGGGUGUGACUAAGACUAAGACUGACUUUUUUGAGGCUUUUGCCAUUUAAAAAGCACCGAUUACGUUUUAAAAUGUAGUUGUCAUGAACUUAGUACUCAUGUGAGCGGGAGGUGUUAUGUAGGUGAGCUUAGAGCUACAUCAUUAAUUUGCUUAGCUGAAUGAACCUCAUAUAAUGCGCCACGCAUAAGAGUUAAGCUAUCAGUAGUUUUUAUACAAUGUAUUGGUGGCCUAAGGCCUAACAGUGCAAGCUACUUUUUAUACGUUAAGCUAUGUCCACACCACUACGCUUUUAUCUUAAUUUUACUUCAUCAAUCAUCUUGUUCUAAACUCAUGUAAUCGCCAUAGCGACGCAAAAUAACUUUAGUGCACUUGAAAGACGUAAUUUGAGUAUAGAAGUACAUUGAUGUGGACAUAGCUUUAGUUUUUUUACAUAAAGCCAAUUCACAAGCUUUCGACUCAUAAGCGAGUUCUGGCCGCAAAGAAGUGAUCUCAAAAAUGGCGGCUGCACCCGCUGGCUCACACAAUCACUGCCAUGUGUCUCGAAAAUGUACUCUAUGGACAUAAAAAUACGUACUGAUUUACGACGUAAAGGCUGCUGUAGAUAAUACAUUUGCAAAGAUAUGACAUUGGGAUUCAAAUUUAGAGUUGUUAAUACAUUAAUUUUAAAUCCCAUUUAUAGAUGUCGCUAGACUCAUCCAAGAUUUUAAAAUUAAGGAUUGUAAAAACCACGAAAACACGGAAUUGUGUGACUGAUUUUUUACCAUUUUAUGGUCGGAAUGAAUAUUUUUUUAACUAUAUUGAUACAUUGAGAUGCAAUGUAGUUUGUAAUAUACUAAAGUAGGGUCGACCGAGGCGAAUCGGAUCACAGGGGGAAUUGGAUCCAACUAAAAAAUCUGAUAUUUUCAAUAUUUUCUAUAAAUUUUGUCAGAGACGUACGGUGGCGGUUUUUUAUCUUGGUUCCAUUCGCCCUGUGAUCUAUUUCGCCUCGGUCUACUCUUACAGCGUAACAUGUAAAUUUGGUUGUAAAUAAUCUUGAAAAAUAUAGAUGUAAAAUUCUUCUUUCUGAAUUGUGGCUUCUCAGCUUCUCCAAAAUUCUGACUAACCUGUUACUCUUGAUACGCCUAGGAUUGUUCUUUUUUGAAGUUUAUUGUAAAACAAAACUUUAUUUUCGUUUAAUAACCUUAAUUAAUGGAUAUAUGUAAAUAAUAGGAAUUUUAUCGUUAUAGCUAAGCGUAGGGUUAGCAAAGGGCUAUUUUAACUAUUUUGUUGAGUUCUAAAAUUUUUAUUCCUAAAAAAGUACCUUCUAUUAAUUCUUAUUUUUGUUAGAUUUUAUGUAUGUUUAAGUAUAAAAUAAGGAUUAAAUUAAUUAUGAUUAAAUCAUUGUUCUACAUACUGCCGUGGGAAGUACAAGGUGUAUUUAUAUGAGAAAUCGAUGUAAAUUUUCUAAGCUACUUAAUUGCGUAUGACGUUACUCUAGUAACAUGUUGUAAGCUGCUUAAAAAAAUAUUUUAAUUGUAAAACAUAUACUUUGACUGCCAACCUCAGUGACGAUAUGAAAUUCAUAAUUAUUAAAAAAGAGACGACGCCGGUCGCCGCAGGUAAGUGUGACAGAGAGCACAUUACGUAUUCGCGUGCAGCGUGUGUUUGACUUAACUAUAAAACUUAGGGUUGGCACUCAUUGUAAAAACGGGUCUCGAAACACAUAGUUACCAUAACAAAUCCUACGAUUAAAAUAAAAUGAAGAUGGCUACACACCAGUCAAUAUACUUUCUGUCAAUGUUCGGCCCACUGCGCUGAACGAAGUUGCCGCUUUCCAGCUCCAUCGAAUACUAUAGUAUUCGUACCUAAAUAAGAAAGCCUCAGAUUACAUGUAAUUGUCAGCCGAGGCGAAGACGAAAUCGACAAACAUUUCUUACUUUACUGUCCUAGAUAUGUAAUAUAGGUACUAUUACUCUAUUGUAGAAAUAUCCAAUUUUUACUACGUUCUACUUAUGAUAUUUCCAGUACAGAAGUUACCCGUAAAUAAUACCUCUUAUAAUUAUAGCAAGUUUAUGAAUAAUUUGGUGUGUAGCUGUCAUUAUGUAGUCGCUAUACUCCGUCCUGCUUUUACCUACAUACAUAUACGUACAUUCAAGAAAAGUGUAUUUUAUCUACUUACUAUUACAUAUCUUUGUGACAAGUAUUCUUGUACGAAUUUUAUAUCAUUAUUGGAAUGGAUUUCAUAUACAACAUAAAAUUGUUUUGGUGGUGUGAUUUGAAAGCUUUAGAGGUCUUGAAAUGUGUUCUAAAAAUAUCUUCUAUGCCUAAAGGCUCGUUCAAACUGAGGCUUCAUAAUGUUCUCUUUAUACAAAUAUUUAUAAAUAAUAACAAAAUCAACUAAAAAAACCAUUUGAAGAUAGCAUUCUGAUGCUUCAGUUUUAAUAAUUUUGUUUAUUUUAUUAAAUAUUGUUGAUUUAUUUUUAAAUAAUUUAUGAAUCAUUAUGUUUUUAUCUACGUCGUCCAGAUGGUGCUAAGAAAUGCGAGAUCAAACCUUCUUUCUUGUUCUGAGCCAAAGACUUAUUUUCUACUCGGGUGUCAAACUAUGUACUUAAAAAUACACAAAAAUAAUAUAACAAUGAUUAUUGCAAUUUUCGUAAUGUAAAACGAUUGUUUUAAAAUGGCUGUAAUUAUCUUGCUGAUUUUUAUAAUAUUUAAUACUUUGUUUGAGUAACAACCCUAGCAAUUCUCCAAGCAUUUGUGACAAAUCAAGUUUGUAUGAAGUUACUUUUCUGUACCUACGUGUACGUAAAGCAUCAGUCAUAUCGAAAAAUUGACUUUAUUUUUCAUAAUAAAAGUGUAAAUACGUAUUUAUAGGACGACUAUUUUAUGUUUCGUUGCUCAUUCAUGUUAUUGUUACUAUGUACAAUUUGUUUUUAUCAACGGGGCCACUGUCAAAGGAUUUUUUAGAUGGCGCCAGCGUAAGUUUACCUGUUAGAAUUUUGUUCUAUGAGAUUUGGCUUAAAGAACUAGUCCAGGCCAUAAAAAAAAAAAAUUGUAGGAUUGACAGGUAAAACCUAUGCUUGCGAAAUGUGUAAAAUACUUCAGGCCUUAUUAUCAAUAUUUUUUACAGUUUGAUACUCUUGUAGUCUGUCACUUGCUUUACAAAUUCCUUUGUCAAAAUGAAUGUAAGAGGCCUUGAAUAUGUCUGACAAUAAUGUUAGUGUAAGUGGGUAAACGCCCCUCGAUGUUAUAGGUGCAAUUAAAUUUAAUAUAUACCUAUUUAAUAUA